AGAAAAAACAAGACUUCUGGAAGAGGCACAAAAAAAAAAAAAAAAAAAACUUCCCCAAACCCACCGCUGUUCAUUCAUUCGUUCAUUCAUUUAUUUGUUCAUUCGUUUAUUCGUUUAUUACCAACUUUCCUUCUUGUCUUUUAAAUCGCCGUCGCGGCUGGACCGAAGUUUCAACACGUUCGUUUAAGGGCUAGAGAUAGGUAGCCACCAGCUAUGGGGAUUCAAUGGUGGGAUGAUUUCGGCGACAAACAUCCUAAAGUUCAUGACACUUUGACCAACGCGGCAUACGCCAUAAGACCGUAUCUGCCUCCAGUCAACUACAUCACGCUGCACUAUGCGUACUUCAUCGGCACCACGAUCGUGGCCACGCUCAUCUUCUGGGGCGCCUCGGCUCCCAAGUACAGCGUCGGAUGGUGGGACAGCAUGUUCAUGGUCAUGUCGGCGCUGACUGCGUCCGGGCUUAAUACCGUCAACGUCAGCCAGUUGACGACGUUUCAGCAGGUCGAGCUGUGCGUGCUGAUGAUGAUUGGGAGCCAGGUGUUGAUCUCGUACGUUACGAUCGCGUUCCGGAAACAUAUCUUCGAGAAGCGGUUCGAGGAUAUCGUCAAGAUGGAACGCGAGAAGAGGAAGAAGAAGGUGUCGGGAACGGGUGCUAUCGUCGGAAUGACGGGUGCUAUGUUUGGCUUGCAGGUCAUGUCGUCGUUUGGAAAGGGCCGUGCGGGAGAAAAGGCCCGGCCUACCAGCCAUGUGAGGAACCUGUCUUCGUCCACUAGAAGACAGGUUCUUGCCGAGGAGGGAACUAUUCCGGAAAUCGACGUCGAAAACGCAAGGGGCCAGCAGCAGCAACACCACGUCGGCUUCCUCGAGCCCGUCCAGGAGGGCAAAUCCCUCGAAGGAGGCCACUCGGCGACAACCGCGCACUCCAUCUACCAGACGCAAUCUCAUCAGAGCGGAGCGACGAGACGACGAUCUGGAACGGUGGAAUCGAAGACGGCGUUCGAGGGGUUCAACGUGCAGACAUUCCUAACGGAGCAGAAGCGCAAUAUCGGGAGGAACGGGCAGUUCUUCAAUUUAUCGGAGGAUCAACGAGAGUACCUCGGCGGCGUCGAGUAUCGCUCGCUCAAAUUCCUGUCCGUCUUCGUCCUCGUCUACUUCGUGCUCUGCCAGUUCUUCGGUGCCAUCGCUCUCGGCGCCUGGAUGUCUGUCUACGCGGUCGACACCGCCGCCGUCAACGCCCAGAAUCCGUGGUGGGCGGGCAUCUUCCUGGCCAUAUCCUCGUACAACAACGCCGGCUUCACGCUCCUGGACGCGGGCUUCAUACCCUUCCAGUCUUCGUAUUUCCUGCUCGUCGUCGUCACGCUGCUGUCGCUCGCGGGCCCGGCGGCUUUCCCGGUUUUCAUGCGGUUUAUAAUCUGGAGCAUGUCGACUCUCCUGAAUCUUCUUUCUAAGGAUAAGGAGUACGGCGUCUGGAAAGAGGGUUUCGACUUCAUCUUGAAGUUCCCCCGUCGCGUGUAUACCAGUUUGUUUCCGGCCAAGGAUACGUGGAUGUUUGCGGCUACGUUUGGAGCGUUCGUGAUAGUGGAUUGGGUCUUGAUUCUGCUUCUUAGCAUUGGAAACCCGACCAUGGAUGCUAUUCCCAUCGGCCAGCGCAUUUUCGACGCGCUCUUCCAGGGAUUCUCGAUCCCUUCAGGAGGAUAUGCUAUAGUAUCACCUUCAGCCAUGUAUUUCGACAUUCUAGUACUUUGGCUCGUCGUGUACUAUACAGCGGCCUACCCUCACAUCAUCACCAUGCGAAACUCCAACGUCUACGAAGAGCGAUCGUUGGGUAUCUACGAAGGCGACCAGCCUGAAGAGGAACAACUCCACUCCGCAAGCAGCAGUAUCGUCGAGGAAGAUGCCGCCAAUAUCCUAGACGAAACCGGACUCCAGCCAGCCACGACCAACAACAACAAAAACUGGGACGCGGUCUCGCGAGCUCCGACCGCUAAGUCCGUUAAGAUGCUCGUUUCCGUCGGUCGACGCGGCACGGCAUUCGUAGGCCGCCAACUCCAGCGUCGCAUGACGGCCUUCCAAGGUGUCGGCGUCGCCGCACCCGCGCCCGCGCCAGCGAUCAAGCCGCUCAGCCGCGCCAAAACCAUCGACUUCGGGCGAGCUUCGGUGCACUCUCUUCACAACCACCCGCCCGCCGGUCCCCCCAGCUUAGUCUCGCAGCAGGUGCGCGGCCAGCUCAGCCACGACGUAUGGUGGAUCGCGCUGAUGCUCUUCUUCAUCACGCUCAUCGAGACGAGCCACUCGCUCGCGGACCCGGUCUCGUACAGCGUCUUCAACAUCCUAUUCGAGAUCGUCUCGGGCUACACGAACAUCGGCAUUAGCAUCGGCCUGCCCGACCAGAGCUACAGCUUGAGCGGGGGCAUGCACACGGGAAGCAAGAUCAUCAUGAUCUUGGUCAUGCUGAGAGGUCGGCACAGAGGCCUGCCUGUCGCGCUGGACAGGGCUAUCCGGUUGCCGGGGAAGAAGCUUGCCGAGUACGAGGAGGAGGACGCUGAGAUUCGGAGCAUGUCUGCUUUCUCGCGUUGAGCUUUGGCGCCAGCCGUGAUUGUUUUGAGUACGAAUGAUGAUGCCGUGAGCAUACUUCGUAGUUAAACCAGGUGCUUUGACAUUUAACACUCACCACUAAAUACUUUACGUUUUUUCCUUUGUCAUAUUCUUCUCUCCCCCCCCUUUUUAGAUUCUUUUUUAUUCUUCUUUUUAUUUUUUGUUAUUAGGAUAUCAACGCGAUUAGACGGAGUAAUAGAGGCAAGUAUUGCGGUUCAAGGGCCAGAAAA